AAGCAUAGGCUGGAGGUCUUACUCGCGCAGGCUGCGUUGAGCCGAGAGCCGAGAGCCGAGCCGAGUUAGUUGCUGUCGGAAGGGCAUCCGAGGCACACACGAGCGCUCUCGCUGCUUUUCUCUUUAGUUUUUUUCUAUAAAAACGCGCCGAUCUGUUGCAAAAUUUCGCUCGAGAGACAGUGGACUCGCGAGAGUGCAGCGCGCCCGUCCAAAAAUACGAAGUGCAAAAUCACCAUGCUCGUUGGUGCGGCCGGAAUAUUGCGCGCUUGUCAAGAGGGUCCACUUUUGUGAAGGGCUUUUCGCUGCCUUCCAGAACUUCGCGCCGUGCGAGAUGGACCGACUUUUAUGUUGCGCUACCAGGCGAAACACAGAGACGGCAUACAAGACCAUAGAGCUUGAAUCCUUUGAAGAGCGGCGGACGCGAUGGCGCUCAAUAAGGAUAAUUUAUCUGACCAUGUUUGUCAUGUCCACCGGCUUCACAAUCAUCCUCACAGGAGUCUGGCCUUACUUGGAAAAGCUAGACCCCCAAGCAGGGAAAGAGUUUCUUGGUUUCGUCACCGCCGCCAAUCCCCUGGCAGAAACUAUAUUUUCGCCAAUUCUCGGCUACUGGAGCAACAGGAGCGGGUCAGCGCGAGUGCCUCUGCUCGCCACCCUGGCUCUUCUUGCCAUCGCUAGCACCGGCUACUCGGUGCUCGAGGCUUUUCCAGCAGCCACUGCCAAGUACUGGAUGAUUUUCACCAGAUUCUUGAUUGGCGUUAGUGCUGCCAACGUGACUGUGAUUCGAUCGUACCUUUCUGCCGCAACCACCCUGAGCGAGCGGACUGGCGCGAUGAGCAUUUUAGCUCUCUGGCAGGUGCUUGGCUACAUUUUUGGUCCAAUUGUUCAAGCUCUUGUAACACCUCUUGGUGAAAACGGAAUCCCCAUUCUCGAGGGUUACAUCUACCUUAACAUGUACACGGCGGUCGGUUGGGUCAUUGUUGUCCUCAGUAUACUUUGCUUCAUUCUGUUGUUGCCCAAGUUCUUUACUGAAAAACAUAUCGCCGCCAAGGAGGCCAUGAAAAAACAAGGAAUGUCUCUAAACUAUCAAGAAACUCGGCCUGUUUGGAAACCAAGCAAACCUGACUAUCUUGCUGCGUUCAGUUUGAUCCUGGGAUACUUUGUACUUGUGUUUAACAUUGCAUUACUUGAAAAUAUGGGAAUUCCAAUCGUGAUGGACCAGUUUGCCUGGAGCAAAGAAGAAGCUCUCUACUACAUGGGCAUUCUCAUGGCUGUGGGAGCUGUGAUUUCUGUAGUCGUCAUUGCGCUUCUCAAAAUAAUAUGCAAAUAUUUCAGCGAGGCAUCUGUAGUUAUUUUUGGUGGCUUCCUUUUCAUGCUACUAAGCAGACUGUUUUUCAUUCCAUGGGGAGACAAUCCACCAGUGCUAAAAAUUUCUGACGUGCAAAAUCUGACUAGCCAUGUGGGAUGCCCCGUGGACAGACAACCAUGGUGCGCAGACACGCCGGCAAUGACGAUUCCCCAGCUUUUAAUAGGAUACUUGUUCAUGUCGGUCGGCUACCCGAUCGGAGUCACUGUGAUAUUUUCCAUUUUUUCUAAGAUCCUGGGUCCACAGCCACAGGGAGUUUGGAUGGGCAUCAUGAUGGGCAUGGGAAGUUUUGCGCGCGCCAUCGGCACCGUCAUUUUGAGCUUCAUGUACGUUGAAUUGGGCACUACAAAGACCUUUACCAUCACGUCAGUCAUGAUGCUGGCCUACGGUGUGUGGUUAGUGCUAGUGUACAAGCGACUAACCCCACGCGACCCUUCAACGGCCUUGCCCAAAGAGUCAAAGCUGAUUGUCCUCAAAGAUGUGUCAAACGGUCGGAACGGAAAUGCCGCACCAGUUGACGAGGAGAGACAAGCACUUAGACAAUAGUUUAAACUUUUGUGCCAUAAAAACAAUUUCAAAUGUUCGGAAACUACAUGGAAUAUUCUCACAGCUUUAAUUUGUCGAAGAUUUUAAUAUUUAGUUGGGAGGUUGAUAGUUCUCAUAUUUUGAGAGACCAAGAAGUUUAUUUUUAUGCCAUGAAAAGACUUUGUGAUGUGUUCAUAGCUCCUAUUGAUACAUCCAGUGAAACAAUUAAUAUUAAUGACAAAUAUUUAACUCAGAGGUAUAUUCAAAUUCUUUUUUAUAUUUGUGUAGUUUUCACCUCAUGUAAUGAUACUCAAUAAAAAUGAUAAUAUUUGUAAUGAAA